AUUUGGCGUCGUCCGAAAUCUCUGUCUGCAAUGUUAUUUCUGCUCAAUCGCUAUCCCGCUCUGCUCGUCAAUAUCACCAAUAUAGCUAUGAGUGAUUCGCCGCUUUCUUAUGAGCUGUUUGGGGUAUGCACUAUUCAGAGAAUUAUCUGUCAUUUUCCAAGCAGUGGUUGUUUGCUUUAUAAUGAUCAUUCGCACUUAUGCUCUCUACGGUGGCAGCAAGCGCCUGCUUACUUGGUUGACAGGCAUAAUGAUUAUUAUUGCGAUAGCAGUUUCUGCGGGAAGUUUUGGACAAUUUUCAGGCGAUACGGUCCUUUUGCCUGGAGUUGGCUGCUAUGAAACUUUUACAGCAGCGACAGCCGCCCGUCUUGGGUUGGCAUGGGUGGCAGACAUGAUAUUCCAAUCAUUGAUCUUCAUUCUGGUAGUGUACAGGAUUUUCAAAACUAGACGCUUGCUGCGGUUCUCUCUAGUCGCCAGGAGAGAUGUCAUUGAUAUCAUAUUUCACGAUGGUGCGAUGUAUUUCGGAGCCAUGGUGCUUGUCAACGUACCGAACACCAUGACGUACUACUCUGCUUCAGUUGACAUUAGAGGCAGUCUUUCCACAUUGACUAGCUGCUUGUCCGUUACUCUCGUCUCUCGACUGAUGCUUAACCUCCACAAAUCUAUGGACGCUGGCAUUCUCUCCAUCCCUUCCCAGGACGAAGGUCCCAGCCUCGCUGUCCUCACAACUAGGGUCAACCUACAGUCCGCAAUUUCCUCUCACCAUUGUUAGGCUGGCAUUGGAUUCUAUUUCUGGAUGUGAAGUGGCGGAGAUACUUGGUAGGAGUGAAAAGCUGUUCUUGUAGUCGAAUCUCGCGUAAUCUGUAUGUUC